AUGGCUGAGUAUUGGUUAGAAGCCGUCGAGAGGAUUAUGAAUAACAUAGACUGUACUCCCGAGCAGAAACUUAAGGGUGCAGUCUCAUUGCUUUACAACAAGGCAUAUCAGUGGUGGUUAUCGAGGAAAUAUGUGGGUGCGAGCUAUGUUGAUGCUCGUAGAUGUGAGUUCAUGAAUCUCACGCAGGGUGAUAGAUUAUUGGCUGAGCAUGAGGCUGAGUUUCUGAGGCGAAGAUCACCGAGGAAGUUAAGCACGUGGAGUGCCAGAAUAAGGACUGAGAGAGAGUUAAGAACAAGAGGGAUUCAGAGCCCUCUAGUUCUGUUCAGAGGCCUAAGAAACAGGCUAGACCUGAUUAGCCUGUUAGAGUGGGGGUUCUUGUUGCUUCUACUGGGAUUCAGCCUUGUGGGGAUUGUGGUAGGCGUCAUCCAGGCGAGUGUUGGAGGAGACAUAGGUUCUACACACUCCAAUGUAGCUAGUAUUGUUUCUGAAAACAUAGGGAUUUCUGUUGAGAGCACGUCUAGUGAGGUUACUGUACUGACUUCUUUGGGACAGUCUGUUUGGGUUAGUAAACUUUAUAGGAAUGUUCCGUUAAAAAUGCAAAGGGCUAUAUUUUUGGCAAAUCUGAUGGAGCUACCGUUUAGGGAGUUCGACUUAAUUCUAGGUAUGGACUGGUUAGUUGAGCAUCGGGUUAGCUUGAAUUGCGCAGUUAAGAAAGUGGUUCUGAGGACUGUGGAAAAUAAAGAAGUGGCUGUGAUCGGUGAGCGUCGAGAUUAUCUAUCCAAUGUGAUCUCUGCUCUUGUGGUUGAGAAUUGGUUCGGAAAAGGUUUACCUCUGAAUCGAAAAGUUGAGUUUGACAUUGAGCUUCUAUCGAGUACAACUGUAGUGUCCAUCGCUUCUUACCAAAUGGCACCGAAGGAGCUUACAGAGCUUAAAUCUCAAUUAUUUAAGGAAGUUGAUGUUCACAAGAUUGCAUUUAGGACUUGUUAUGUACAUUACGAGUUUCUAGUUAUGCCUUUUGGUCUAACGAAUGCUCCGGUUGCAUUCAUGGAUUUAUUAAAUCGAGUCUUUCAGUUGUAUCUGGAUCAGCUCAUCGUGGUCUUCAUUGAUGAUAUUCUGAUUUACUCUAAGACCGAGGAUGAGCAUGAUGAACAUUUUAGAGUCGUGCUUCAGAUACGCCGAGAGAAGCAGUUCUUUGCUAAGUUGAGCAAGUGUGAGUUCAGGUUGCGAGAGGUAACUUUUCUAGGGUACGUGGUUUCUGUUGAGAAAAUCCAAGUUGAUCCGAGAAAGAUUGAGGCAGUGCAUGAUUGGAAAGAGCCUAAGAAUGUAUUUGAUAUCUACAGUUUUCUAGGUCUUGCGGGUUAUUAUCGGCGUUUUGUUAAGGGGUUCUCUCUGAUUGUAGCUCCUCUGACUAAGCUUCUGCGCAAUGGUGUCCUUUUUGUUUGGACUGAUCCUGAAUCUGGUAAAGAGUUUGUGGUGUACAACGAUGUGUCGUACGUCGGUCUAGGAUGUGUACGAAUGCAAGAUGGUAAUGUUGUGGCUUAUGCAUCCCGUCAGCUUAAGACACACGAAAGGAAUUAUCCGACGCAUGAUCUCGAGUUGGUUGCAAGACGGGUUUGUGCACCUCACGAUUCUGAUCUGAGGCAGUCGAUUCUAAAUGAGGCGCAUAGUAGCCUUUAUGCUAUGUAUCUCGGUGGCAAUAAGAUGUAUCGGGAUCUCCAUGAGUUAUACUGGUGGCUAGGUUUGAAGCCUGAGCUUAUGGAUUUCAUUGCUGCUUCAUAUAGACAGACGUCUUCUACAGAUCUGAAGAGGAGAGAUAUCGAGUACCUUGUGGGUGACUUUGUUUUUCUUAAGGUUUUUUCGUGGAAGAAAAUUCUGAGAUUCGGUCGUAAGGGCAAGUUGAGUCCUAGGUUUAUUGGGCCAUAUCAGAUUCUGAAGCGUGUAGGACCGAUCGCUUAUCAGUUGGAGCUACCUCUAGAGUUGGACUGCAUUCAUGAUGUGUUUUACAUCUCAAUGUUAAGGCGGUAUCGGUCUGAUCUAUCUCAUGUUGUCUCUAUUGAGAAGAUCGAGAUUAGACCGAAUUUGACUAUUGAGGAGAAGCGUGUUUAG